AUGAGACUAAAGCUGAGUAAGGAGAUCGUGGAAUUGGUAUCAGUAAUGUUCUACCAGAUAUGGGUAAGGAGAAAUGCCUUCAUUUUUCAGAAUCAGUUUUCCAAACUUGAGUCCAUUAGUAUAAGGGCUCGAUCUGAUUUAUCUCUUUUUAAAGAAAAUAACAAGGAGAGGUCCAAGUGUGCUGUAGGCACUCAAGAGAGAACUUCAAUUCCAAGAUGGGAACCCCCUGUGUGGCCAUAUGUCAAAGCCAAUUUUGAUGCUGCUUUCGACAAAGAGAAAGAGUGUAUGGGAGGAGGGGGUGUAGUGAUCAGAGAUUCAGAUGGCAGUGUACAAGCAGCCUUGACAUUCUAUAAGGAUCAUAUCUCAUCAGCUCUCCAAGUCGAAAGUACUGCCCUCCUCAGAGCUAUGGAAUUGUGUUCUGAACUUGGUUUUAACCAAGUCUGUUUUGAAGGGGAUGCUAAGCUUGUUGUUGAUGCAGUUAACUCCAAACGAGUGGAUAACUCAUAG